UAGCAUUAUUAACAUCACCAUUAUCCUGGCUGGAGCAAUUGUAUUCAUCAUUGGCUUUGGUAUUUCAGGGAGACACUUCAUCACAGUCACCACUCUCACCUCGGCUGGGAACAUCGGAGAGGACGGAAUCCUGAGCUGCACUUUCGAGCCUGAUAUUAAGCUCAAUGGCAUCGUGAUCCAAUGGCUGAAAGAAGGUAUCAUGGGUUUGGUCCACGAGUUCAAAGAAGGCAAAGAUGACCUCUCAGAGCAGCAUGAAAUGUUCAGAGGCCGAACAGCAGUGUUUGCCGAUCAAGUGAUAGUUGGCAAUGCAUCUCUGAGACUGAAAAACGUGCAACUCACAGAUGCUGGCACUUACAAAUGUUACAUCAGCACCUCAAAAGGCAAGGGGAAUGCCAACCUUGAGUAUAAGACUGGAGCCUUCAGUGUGCCAGAGAUGAAUGUGGAUUACAAUGCCAGUUCAGAGAGCUUGCGCUGUGAGGCUCCUCGAUGGUUCCCCCAGCCCACAGUGGCCUGGGCAUCUCAGGUUGACCAAGGAGCCAACUUUUCAGAAGUCUCCAAUACCAGCUUCGAGUUGAACUCUGAGAACGUGACCAUGAAGGUUGUGUCUGUGCUCUACAAUGUCACGAUCAACAACACAUACUCCUGUAUGAUUGAAAACAACAUUGCCAAAGCCACAGGGGAUAUCAAAGUGACAGACUCUGAGAUCAAAAGGCGGAGUCAACUACAGCUCCUGAACUCAGGGGCUUCUCUAGGUGUUUCUUCUGUCUUUGCCAUUAGUUGGGCAUUCCUGUCUCUCUCCACUUACCUGAUGCUAAAAUGAUGUGCCUUGGCCACACAGAAACAUUCAAUGUUAUUGGUACAACAGGAAUCUACAGGAAAACUUUACCAUAAGAUAUGACCUAGUUUUAUAUUUCUGGGGAAAAUGGAUUCAUGUCUAGAAGUCUGGAAUGAACAAACAAGA